AUGGAUCUUAAGUUUUUAGUGGCUAUAGUUGUGGGGCUUUUAAUUUUCACAUCUCAUAUUGUUUGUGGUAGAAAAAUUAUUGGAGAGGAGAUGAAAAUCAUUGGAUAUGGUGAGGCUACUAAUAAGAGUUGUGACUCAAAAACAAGUGUAUCAUGCGGUGUUCGCCCUAUAAUACCUGGAGGAAAGAUCAAACGAAGUGGUAAAGCAAUGCCCAAGGCAAGUACGAAUGUAAGUAUGGGUGAUGAUACUGGGUCGACCAAUGAAGAGCCUAUCAUUGGAAUUAAGAAAAACAAAAUGCCAAUUAAUUCAAGGUAUAAUGUUUCCCUUGGCGAUGUAUUUAAUACCAAUGGACAAUAUUCCAGUCAAAUGCCAAACAAUGGCAUGCAGAACAAUCAAAAUGAACAAACGGGGGGAGGAGGAGGAGGGGGAGGCGGUGGAGGAAAUGGUGGCGGUGGAGGUGGCGGAGGCGGCGGACGAAAAUGA